UUUCGGACACUCCGGGACACAAAGCAUGCGUUACCCUUUAGCCUUUAGCUAGUAUUCAUUAGCAUUAGCAGCGAGCUAGUUUUAACUCUGCGCGAUACAGGAUGGACAACAGCGAGCGGAUGGAGGUUGAUGAAUGGGACCCCAGUCUGGAGGAGGACCUGGGCGUGUCCUUGGACGACCUGAAGAAGCUGAUCGAAGAAGCUGUGGAGCAGAGUGAGGCGGUGCAGAAGAAAAAAGCUCAGCUGAAAGAACUCAAGCAGAGGGUCGAGGAGAAAGAGGCGGAGGAGGCCAAGACGGAGAAGCUUCUCAACGAAGCGAACCAGUCGAUAUUCGAGUGUGAGAUGCUGGUGAGGGCGGCUUAUCAGAAGAAUGGACUGGUGUACCGGGAGAGCAGCUCGGAGGAUGAAGGAGGAGGAGAGGAUGGAGGGACCUCUGAAGUGAUCGAGAUUGAUGACGAUGAAGAUGAUGAUGUCAUCGCUGUUGGUUGUUUGGUUCCUCCAAAGAAGAGUUUAACUCCUUCCACAGAUGCAACGUUAAAAGAAGCCUCUGCAGUUCUACAGAAAACCACCCAGCAGGUGCAGAAGCUGGCCCUAAUGGUGACCAAGCCUCCACAGGGAACUCCGUUGAUCCGCUCUACACCGCAGCCUCCGGCUCAGUCAGGCGUUCCGAGUCAAGAGCCGACAGUAUUUGUGGCACAAGCUCCGUCUCAGGCGAUGACCCAGCCGAAUCCCACCAUUAAAGAAGAUGAGCUGAAGGUUGGGAUGAACAUUCUGGGGAAAAAACGCACCAAGACGUGGCACAAAGGCACCCUCGUGGCUGUCAACCCUCUUGGAAACACUGCUUUCAAAUACAAAGUGAGGUUUGAUAAGGGCAAGAGUUUGCUGUCUGGGAAUCACAUCGCUUUCGAAUACAACCCGACCCUGGAGAGCCUGUUUGUCGGAGCUCGUGUGGUCGCCAAAUACAAAGAUGGAAACCUGACGUGGCUUUACGCGGGAAUCAUCGCAGAGAUGCCCAACAACAAGAACCGCAUGAGGUUUUUGAUUUUCUUUGACGAUGGUUAUGCUUCGUAUGUGAUACUGCCUGAACUCUACCCAGUUUGCAGACCAUUAAAACGUACUUGGGAAGACAUCGAGGACGCAUCCUGUCGAGACUUCAUUGAGGAGUACAUCUCGGCCUACCCCAGCAGACCGAUGGUGCUCCUGAAGGUCGGUCAGAUCAUCAAGACGGAGUGGGAGGGAACGUGGUGGAGGAGCAAAGUGGAGGAGGUGGACGGCAGCUUGGUCAAAAUUCUCUUUUUGGAAGACAAAAGGAGCGAAUGGAUUUACAGAGGAUCCACCAGACUGGAGCCCAUGUUCAAUCUGAAAAUGACCUCAGCAAACACUCAAGAGAAAAAGCUGGCCGGCCACCAGAGGACAAGACCGAACAUGGGAAUAAGCAUCAGAUGGCAAAGAAGAGUACUUCUCCAUUCAUCCCUGGGGUGGGAGGGACACAUGCUUCCAAAAUGCUGCAGUCUCUGUCAAGUCCCACCAAUCUGACAAGUGGAAAAAUCUUGAGCCCUCUCGGCACUCCUACAUCCACUUCCACACUUCUGUACCAGAGGCAGCAACCCGCUGCAGCUGCCGUCCCGCCUCCCGUGACACACGCCAUGGCCACCAUCCCUCAGCAGCCCUCCUACAGAGCGCCGACGGACAGGAUCUUCUACCUGGCACACACGUGUCAGCCUGCGUGUCUGAAGCGAGUUCGACCAGCCAAGCCGGACGUGCACAGAGGGAAGAACCCCCUCCUCACUCCCCUGCUGUACGACUUCAGACGCAUGACGAGUCGACGCAAAGUCAACCGUAAGGUGUCUUUCCACGUGACCUACAAGGCUCCGUGUGGACUCUGCCUACGAAACAUGUCAGAGAUACAGAAUUACCUCUUCCAGUCUCGCUGCGACUUUAUAUUCUUAGAGAUGUUCUGUCUAGACCCCUAUGUUCUCGUGGAUCGACCCUUCCAGCCACAAAGGCCCUUCUAUUACAUCCCAGACAUCACCAGUGGGAAGGAGGACAUCCCACUUUCCUGUGUCAACGAGAUCGAUACCACACCACCUCCUAAAGUCGCGUACAGAUCUACGAGUGUAAUAAAAGGUGCAAAUGCUGCGCUUCGAUGUGCACCAACCGGCUGGUGCAGCACGGCCUGCAGGUCCGCCUUCAGCUCUUUAAGACCCAGAACAAAGGCUGGGGCAUCCGGUGUCUGGAUGAUAUCGCUAAAGGCUCGUUUGUCUGCAUUUACGCUGGUAAAAUCUUGACGGAUGACUUCGCUGACAAAGAAGGUCUAGAGAUGGGCGAUGAGUAUUUUGCCAACCUGGACCACAUAGAGAGCGUGGAGAACUUUAAGGAAGGCUAUGAGAGCGAGGCUCACUGCUCCGACAGUGAGGGAAGUGGAGUGGACGUGUCCAGAAUCAAAAUCCAGCCGUCUGCUUUAGUUUCUGGCAACAACGUGGGACGACCUCCCAAAAAGCCUCGAAGCUCGAGCUCUUCAAGCAGCAGCAACAGGGACGACAAGGACUCGAAGAGCGACGAUGAAAGCGACAGUUCAGACGACACGUUUGUGAAGGAAAACUAUUUCAACUCCAGUUCUGUGUGGAGGAGUUACACCACACGUGGGCAGGUCAAGGUCAAUAAAGAAGGGAGUCAGGACAGUAAAGAUGGAUUGAGUGUUUCCAGAGGAGCAGCUGGUGAAAAUCCUCCACUGAUCCCAGAAGAGACGGGGAAAAGCAAAGUGGCUUCCUGGCUAACAAGCCAGGGGAUCAAGAAGGACGCCGAAGUCGGUCAAACUAAGAAGCUGGAAGUGACGACGGUCUCUGACAGCGAUGAUGUUCAGACCAUCAGCUCAGGAUCUGAGGACAACAAGGACAGAGACCAAGUCACUCCAGCUGGCCCCAGUGUGACCAAAAAGCAGACGGCGGUGAAAUCCACCCGAGGCAUCGCCCUGAAGAACAGCCACAGCAUGAUGGUGAAGACAGGAACACCUGGCGGAGGGGCGGGGCCAAGCGGUCAGGGCGGGAAACACGGACAGCAGGGGCAGCAGGGAGGAGGCGGAGAAAACGCUCUGAAAAACACUCGUCUGUUCUUCGACGGCGAGGAAUCCUGCUACAUCAUCGACGCCAAGUUGGAGGGAAAUCUCGGGCGAUACCUGAACCACAGCUGCAGUCCUAACCUCUUCGUUCAGAACGUGUUUGUGGACACACACGACCUGCGCUUCCCCUGGGUGGCCUUCUUUGCCAGCAAGCGUAUCCGGGCCGGCACCGAGCUGACCUGGGACUACAACUAUGAGGUGGGCAGCGUAGAAGGUAAAGAGCUGCUGUGCUGCUGUGGAUCCACGGAGUGCCGAGGAAGACUGCUGUGAUCCUUCACCCUUAGAUCCCCUUCAACGCUGUAUCUUAGCUUCCUGUUCCGUUGCUUUUAUUUUAUUUUAUUUUAUUCCUGCAUCAAAUCAUGUGGUCCACGACGUUUUCUGUACAACUGAAUAAACUUUUCAUGAAACGGC